GGUAGAAUACAGCUGCUAUCGCAAUCUUCAGACGAUAUCACCAGCUGCGGAGGAGAUUGAGAGGAGCUCCAGUACCUCAGACCGCAGCCGCCCCCACACAUACACAUACACACGGACUCGACACCAUCCCCAGACAGACAUCGAGAGAGUGAGUGAACAUGUUUGUCGUCGGGACGAUCUUCGUACUGCUCAUCUUCUUCAUGUUCGUGUCUCUAAUGCAUGAUCUGCAGACACAAGACGCUCUACUGCUCAAUGCCUCCCUCAGUUCAAACAUGUCGCAGUUCUUGGCGAAUGAUUUGGCUAACGACUGGCUGGUAGCCCCAGUGUUAACCAGUGUAUCUGGAAGCGAGAACAACAGCCUGGUGAAUCACACCGUCACGGAGCCCGACUGGGCGCUCGUCCUGGGCACAUUCUCACACCUCAGAGACGAGAACUUCGAGGAGUACCUUGUAGCUAAUGGAGUGCCAUAUCUAGUGCGGAAAAUGGUUGCACAGUCGAGGCCCACAGUGACAGUGGAGCGGGUCUACCAGGACGACUACGAGUACUACGACCUAGAGACUCACUAUCCAGACACUGACGUAGAGCAGGUAGAAGAGGACUCUGGUCGGGUGUAUCAGAUGGUCAUCACAUCGAGCACCUGGUUCAAGACCUUAGAGGAGCGGUUCCGGCCUGGAUACACCGCUGUAAAAGAGGACUAUGAUGGCGCCCUCUCCAAGAACACGUUCUGGUUCGCGUCUGAGAGCACCUUGGUCCAUCGCAAGAUCAAGAACCAGUACACCGCCAACGUCGUUCGCAGCUUCCACCAGGACGGCUUCACCAUGACUAUUGUCAACAUGAAGACGGGCAUGAGAGCUAGACGCCACUUUCUUCGUGAGGCGUGAGGGGUGAGGAGUGAGGGAAGUGUCUACGUAAAGAUACGUGCACGAGAACACUCACACGCACACACACACACACACACACACACACACACACACACACACACACACACACACACACACACACACACACACACA